AUGGUCUCGGCCUGGUGCGCGAAGCUCUUCAACUCUUGUUGCGGUGGUCGCUCCUCCAAGGAUGGCCUCUACGAUCCAGUCCUCGCCGAUAGUGAGCGAGAGGCUGUGGCCGACCUGUUGGGCUAUCUAGAAAACCGAGCCGAGACCGACUUCUUCUCCGGCGACCCUCUUCGCGCCCUCAGCACGCUCGUCUACUCCGACAACAUCGACCUGCAGCGGAGCGCUAGCUUGACGUUCGCCGAGAUAACGGAGAGAGAUGUCCGAGAGGUCGACCGCGACACGCUUGAACCCAUACUUUUCCUCCUUCAAAAUAGCGACAUCGAGGUCCAGCGUGCGGCAAGCGCGGCAUUGGGCAACCUUGCCGUCAACACGGAAAACAAGGUGUCUAUCGUUACCCUUGGUGGCCUCGGGCCCCUCAUCAAGCAGAUGAACUCGCCCAACGUCGAGGUUCAAUGCAACGCUGUUGGGUGCAUCACGAAUCUGGCGACGCACGAAGACAACAAGGCGAAAAUCGCCAGGUCGGGAGCACUCCCGCCGCUGACGAGGUUGGCCAAGUCAAAGGACAUGCGUGUGCAGCGCAACGCUACCGGCGCCCUGCUCAACAUGACCCACUCCGAUGACAACCGGCAACAGCUCGUCAAUGCUGGCGCCAUUCCAGUGCUUGUGCAACUACUCACUUCGCCGGACGUGGACGUGCAGUAUUACUGCACAACUGCUCUUAGCAACAUCGCAGUGGACGCGAACAAUAGAAAAAGGCUGGCGCAAACUGAAGGCCGACUCGUGCAAUCACUGGUACACCUGAUGGACUCGUCGUCCCCCAAGGUCCAGUGCCAAGCCGCGUUGGCGCUCAGGAACCUAGCUUCAGACGAGCGGUACCAGCUCGAGAUCGUGCGGGCUCGCGGUCUGCCAUCAUUGCUGCGUCUGCUCCAGUCGUCGUACCUUCCUCUUAUUCUCUCGGCGGUCGCCUGUAUCCGCAACAUUUCCAUUCAUCCCUCCAACGAAUCUCCUAUCAUCGAUGCUGGAUUCCUUCGCCCUCUUGUGGAUCUGCUUGGCUCCACCGAAAACGAGGAGAUUCAGUGCCACGCCAUUUCCACUCUCCGCAACCUUGCCGCAAGCUCGGACCGGAACAAGCAGCUUGUCCUGGAGGCCGGGGCCGUUCAGAAGUGCAAGCAGCUGGUUCUCAAUGUACCCCUCACCGUGCAGUCCGAGAUGACUGCAGCUAUUGCUGUGCUCGCUUUGAGUGACGAGCUUAAGCCGCAUCUUCUCAGCCUCGGCGUGUUCGACGUUCUGAUUCCUCUUACCGAAUCUGAGAGCAUUGAGGUGCAAGGAAACAGCGCUGCCGCUCUUGGCAACUUGUCGUCAAAAGUUGGCGAUUACACCAUCUUCCUGCAGAACUGGACCGAGCCCAGUGGUGGCAUUCACGGCUACCUUCAGCGAUUCCUGGAUAGCGGCGAUCCUACGUUCCAGCACAUUGCGAUCUGGACCCUACUCCAGCUUCUCGAAUCCGAAGACUCGCGUCUCUUGACUCUGAUUGGAAAGUCGAAGGAGAUUGUCAAGAUGGUACAGAGCAUAGCCGAUCGCAAUAUCGAGUCGGACGAGGAAGACAAUGACGAUGGCGAGGGCGAGGUCGUCAACCUGGCGCGGCGGUGCCUCGAACUGCUUAGCAGCAAUCCGAAGACGCUGAUGGAGGGUUGA